CAAACUGCAGCUAAAUAUUUCAUUCAGUGUACUCCCUGCAAAGUCAAAGGAGCGACGUGGAAGGCUGGAGGGAGCAGCCCCCAGCUCUCUAGACUUUCCCAUAGACAUGAAGCCCAGUUAUUGGGGUCUUUCAGUCCCAGGGCGGUGUUUUCCUAAUUAACCCUGCACCCAGAUCCCCCCACAGGGCACAGAGCUCCCACCAUGGAUGGUCUGCUGGUGGUCUUCCUAAUUUCUCUUGGCAUGUUUCUGGGAUGCUUCCUUCUGGGUUUGAUUCCUCUGGCUGUAAAACUUUCAGAGCAAAAGUUGCAGUUUGUCAGUGUCUUGGGUGCCGGAUUACUGUGUGGGACCGCUUUGGCGAUUAUUAUUCCAGAAGGGAUUGAACUACUGGAUGGAUCGUCCAAGGAUGCUCCAGUGAAAUGUGUCAAUGCUGUCCAGAAAGAAAAUCUCACUGAUUCCGCAGAGGCCGGCUCUUCUAUACCAUCUCACUUCUUCAUCGGAGUCUUCCUGGUGAUGGGAUUCAUCCUCAUGUUCCUCGUAGAUCAGAUUGGGACCUACUGUUCAUAUCAUGAUCCUAGAACGGGGAUGUCUGCUGGAACAAGCAUAACUGCAACACUUGGUCUGGUGAUCCACGCAGCAGCUGACGGUGUAGCCCUUGGAGCAGCGGUAGCUUCUUCACAAGUGUCAGUGCAAGUCAUUGUGUUCUUUGCAGUUAUAUUGCACAAGGCACCUGCUGCAUUUGGCUUGGUCACCUUUCUGAUGCAUGCCGGCCUAGAGAAGAAGCAAAUUCAAAAACACCUCCUGGCCUUUUCACUGGCUGCUCCCUUGUUAACAAUUACAACGUAUUUAAUUUUAACCAUGACUGGAGGAUCAUUACAGCAUAAGCUGAGCGCAACAGGAAACGGGAUGCUGUUUUCUGCAGGGACAUUUCUGUACGUGGCCACGGUGCACGUAUUGCCUGAAAUUAGUGGCAGAGGUCACAGUCAUCACAGCAGCAGCUCGGAAUACAAGCGCCCAGGUCUGGGCCUCUUGGAAAGUAUAACCCUAGUCAUUGGAGCUGUCCUGCCUGUCUUACUUUCCCUGGGCCUCCAUGAUGGAUGACCGCUCUUUAAAGACACACCGUUCUGUUUUGAUUUUGUAGGACCAAUAGAAGGGUACAAUUAACCAGCAAAAAGAUUUAAUACAGCAGACUUUUUUUUUUUUCUUUACACCAAUAUGACAAUGCUUUGUUUCUUUUUUUGGAAAUUGUACAGUUUAAUAUUUUUUUCAUGAUAAUAGUGUGGAUUACAAACCGAGAGGUGAUAUCAUCUACAUUUUUUUUUAUUAUACUGUUAUUGGAAUCAGAACCAAGGUUAACUAAUGCUGUAGAAAUAACCAGUUUGGUUCUCCCCUCUGUCACUGUGAUGUAUUAUAGGCAGGGCCCUGCUUCCAUAGCCUGAUUACCAAGGACAUGCUGUUCUCCGCAAGAAGUAACUCGGGAAGGUAAAGAUUGGUGAUCCAAUCAACAGUGAUACAUGAGGCUCCCAGUUGUCUUAUUAUGCCCCUGUCAUGGCAGUGGUUAAAAUAAUUCACCCUGCAACUUAUUAUUAUGCAAGGUAGCAAUGGUCUGGAUAGCCCUGACCAAAAUCAUUAAUUUGGGUACAUAUUAAAAAAUACCUAUAGUUACAAUUAAUUAUACUAUGAGUAUCCACAGUCAGCAGAACACAUUUUAUAUGAAUCUCAGGUGAAAAUGCACUUUAAGCUGAUUUUUAUAUAAAAGCAUUUUUCAUGUCAUGUUUUGAGCUCAUGUUGCAUUAUUCUGUCUUACCUGGUAUUAAGGUAAGAACUAUUUUGUGAGUAUGUAUCUUAACACUUACUGUACUGAGAUGGCGCAUUACUUGACUUUUCGUGUAGUAACUUGUAACUGAAGGUUUCUCAGUAAAUCAAGCUUUUCAAUUAUUUUCAUCAUGGUAAGAGUCCGUUCGUACAGCUGGAAAACAUUGGAGUGUUUAUAGAAAUAAAGGUUCUGAGAAUUGUUAUUCUGUGCACUGUCCAUUGCUGCUGGCUGGCUUAGUUUGACAAGAUUUAUAGUACCGUAGCGAGCAAAGUUACACAGGACAGGUUAAUAGGCUGGUCCUUGAUGGACAAACGGUUUGUCUGUUUCGUCACUUGUCAGACAAAACAUGAUAUCCUGCAGUCUAUUUAAAGGAACACUGUAGGCACCCAGACCACUUCAGCUAAUUGAAGUGGCCUGGGUGCAGUGUUCCUAUUGCCCUUUGUGCUGCAAUGUUAAACAUUGCAGUUCCAUAGAAAUGGAAAUAUUUCUAUUGCAGCACUAAGUCAGUCUCUAGUGGCUUUCUCCCAGAUAGACACUAGAGGGCUUCCUGGUUUGAAACAGACCUUUGGUCCGGUAUCUGACACUGGACGUACCUCCAGCGUCAGUUUUUUCCUAAUAGGUCUAAUAUGCAUUAGAGCCCGCUCAUCCCAGAAUGGAGGAGGAGGAAGAGCUUUGACCCAGUGCCGAGGGACACGGUGCUGGGAUAAGGUAAGUAAAUAGAGGGGUUUUAAUUUACAGGGGAGGGGGCAGGCAGGGGAUAAUGAUAGUGCCAGGAAUACAGUUUUGUAUUCCUGACACUAUAGUAUCCCUUUAAUAUGCACAAAAUAUAUAUUUUGUAUCAUACUUUUCAACAUUCCACAAAUGUUACCAUGCACAUAUAAACUAACCUUUCACCUAAAAUAUGAUCAGGGCAUAUAUCUGGUCCUACAUUUUAGUGCCAAACCACAUUAUUCCCAUGCUUGCGUUAUUUUGUUCUCUCCAAUAAAAAUGCCAAUGACAAAAUAUUUAACUGGAAAUGUCACAGGUCCAUUAAGUUGACACCCUUUCAAGCUCAUCUGAAUUUAUGAAUCCUGAAGACGGUAAUAAGGAACAAAAAAGGGGGGGGAAAUGUGUGAAUAAAGAUUUUAUUUUUAACAUGAAA